GUUUAGUUCAACAGUUUUCUGUUCAGUUUGUUUUGUGCCUUGCUUUUCAUCCGCAAUUUUAUUGGAUAUGAAGUCAGAAGCUUGGCGACUGAUAGCUGCUUUCAUCACUGGAUGUCUUUGGUUUUCAAUCCUUUCUUUUUGCCUUCACCAACCUACUAAACACUCUGGUGAGGUGAAAUAUUCCAGCAAAUUAAUAGAUGUUGAGACUACAACUCAGAGUAUAGCAUCUAGUGUACCCCAUCGACCGUCUCAAGAUCCCGCAUUUAAUCUCAAACUUAAUCCAAACAAGAAGUUCAUUAUUAUAGUGGCAGCCUUUCGAAGUGGGUCAACGUUUUUAGGAAACCUGUUCGACAGUAAUCCUACGAUGCAAUACUUGUUCGAGCCGUUUCACAAUGCUCAUGUCCGGAACCUCCGUAGAGACAAGUAUCUGCUCGGAGCAAGACCUGACCACACGGAGAGUGACUUGAGGAUGUUGUAUCUCCAGCAGAUGUUACACAACUGUACCAUCUACCCCACUCCUUUCCCCGAAAAAUAUGCUUGGUGUGGUUCGAAAGAGGAGAAUUUACUUCGCUUCAAUUCGACUGAGUGCGGAGGAAGAAAGCUACCUGGAUCACACCAAGAGAUCUGUAGAUAUCGGGACACUACCGUGAUCAAGGUUAUAAGACUAGCGGAUCUGUCUGAUAUCCUGAAAAUAGCCCAGAUAAGAUCAGCGAAUGUUAAAAUCAUCCAGCUCCUAAGACACCCUGUGGCCCUGAUGAUGUCUAGACGGACUGGUGGUAAGUUCUUUAUGUGGGACAUCAGGACUAAGCUCAUGAACAGUAAGAACGAGAUCACGGAGAGAAGGACUAAAAUGGCCUGGGAAGCGUUUAACUACUGUAACAACCAUUUGAAGGCUAUGGAACUGGUUGAAAGUGAUCCUUGGCUGAAAGACAGAUACUUGAGAGUCACUCAUCAUGGAAUGUCACUUAAACCUCUCGAAGCUGCAGAGAAGGUUUAUUCAUUUAUAGGGGCUACUCUAACCGAUGAUAUUAAAGAUUACAUUCGAGAUAUAACCGAGGCCAAAUCAGAGGGUUUUAAAAAUGCACCUAAAGAGGCUUUAAAUGUGUACAGGAAUUCUACGGACAUUGUAACUAAAUGGAAGAAACUGGUCUCGGCCACAGUUAAAUAUUGGGACGUUUUCUCCAUUGAAGCUCAAUGUAAACGGAUGUUUAAACCGUUGAUUGAUGAAUUUUCUGUUGACACAAUACCAGACUUACAGCUGUUGAAAAUAAACUCCGCAUUAGAUGAGUUAUAUGAUCAGAUUGAAGAAACUGAUGAACCUAUUUCCAUAACCAUGAUAAAUGAAUUUAAUGGAUGAUUAUUUGCUCAUCACGAUCUACUCAUUACUGUUUAUUUUAAUUCGACAUUGAAUGUCAACUUGAAUUAGUUCAUGGCCGCCUGGCCAAUAACAUGGAUGUUAAAUUCAUUCAAACGUAUAUUAAUAUCAUGAUAUAAUAAUAUUAAAAAUUUAUUUUAA